ACGCUUCCUAACGCAGACUAAAGCCCCUCAAAUACCGAGGUGGCCAACCCCAUGGCGUUCCCGAUUCUCCCUCUUACAGCUCUCACCUUUCCAGUGCCGACGGUAAAGACCUUACUCCAGGGGCGUCCUCCUCACUGGGGAAUUGCCGGAAAGAGCAAACAAAAAAGGCGCUGGUGUAGGCUCCAAAAUAAACACAUCUGAAUUCAUGAUGGCAUCGACAGAGGCUCUUAUUGGAUUAAAAGUUUCAAAACAGACCAAAACGCUUUGGAAAAAGGGUUGAAUGCCUGCCUACAGCCUCAGGCACGACCAUGGAGAAAGGUGGGAACAUACAACUGGAGAUCCCGGACUUCAGCAACUCUGUCCUGAGCCAUCUAAACCAGCUGCGCAUGCAGGGCCGUCUCUGUGAUAUUGUGGUCAAUGUGCAAGGACAAGCUUUUCGGGCGCACAAAGUGGUACUGGCUGCCAGCUCACCCUAUUUCCGGGAUCACAUGUCCUUAAACGAGAUGAGUACUGUCUCCAUUUCGGUCAUCAAGAACCCUAGUGUUUUUGAACAGCUCCUCUCCUUCUGUUACACGGGGCGGAUAUGCCUGCAGCUGGCAGAUAUCAUCAGCUACCUGACGGCCGCCAGUUUCCUGCAGAUGCAGCAUAUCAUCGACAAAUGUACACAGAUCCUGGAGGGCAUUCAUUUCAAAAUCAAUGUGGCAGAGGUUGAAGCCGAAUUAAGUCAGACGAGGACAAAGCAUCCAGAAAGACCUCCAGAAUCUCACAGGGUUACACCAACUCUAAACCGUUCCCUUAGCCCGCGGCCCAAUACCGCAAAGGGAAACCGGCGAGGUCAGGUUAGCGCUGUGUUGGAUAUCAGGGAGCUCAGUCCUCCGGAGGAGUCCACCAGCCCUCAGAUAAUUGAACCGAGUUCUGAUGUAGAGAGCCGGGAGCCCAUCCUUCGAAUCAACCGAGCAGGACAGUGGUACGUGGAGACGGGAGUAGCAGACCGAGGGGCCCGCAGUGAUGACGAAGUCAGGGUCCUUGGAGCAGUGCACAUCAAAACUGAGAAUCUGGAAGAGUGGCUCGGGCCUGAGAAUCAGCCUUCCGGAGAAGAUGGGAGUAGUGCCGAGGAAGUCACAGCUAUGGUGAUCGACACCACAGGCCAUGGUUCUGUGGGACAGGAAAAUUACCCUUUAGGAUCUUCGGGAACCAAGGUGGCCCGGCCAACAAGCAGUGAAAUUGACAGAUUUAGCCCCUCCGGCAGUGUUGUUCCCUUGACGGAGAGACACAGAGCCAGAAGUGAGUCUCCUGGGAGAAUGGAUGAGCCUAAGCAGCCCAGCUCCCAGGUCGAAGAGUCUGCAGUGAUGGGAGUAAGUGGCUAUGUGGAGUAUCUCCGAGAGCAAGAAGUAUCUGAGCGGUGGUUCCGGUACAACCCCCGUCUCACCUGCAUCUACUGCGCCAAAUCUUUCAACCAGAAGGGGAGCCUGGACCGCCACAUGCGCCUGCACAUGGGGAUCACGCCGUUCGUCUGCCGCAUGUGUGGCAAGAAGUACACCCGGAAAGAUCAGCUGGAGUAUCACAUCCGCAAGCACACAGGCAACAAACCCUUCCACUGUCAUGUUUGUGGCAAAAGUUUCCCCUUCCAGGCCAUCUUGAAUCAGCACUUUCGCAAAAAUCACCCUGGCUGCAUACCCCUGGAGGGGCCUCACAGCAUCUCCCCGGAAACAACUGUCACAUCUCGAGGACAAGCUGAGGAAGAGUCACCUUCCCAAGAAGAGACAGUUGCUCCUGGGGAAACUGCCCAGGGCUCUGUGUCCACCACUGGGCCAGAUUGAAACAUCGAGGGGGAGGGGGCAGACCCUCUUCCCCUUUGGGCCGUCAGCAGCCAGCAUCAGGGCCAUGGGCUGGUACUUAGAUUUACAAAAUGCCACAUCACUAGAUCGGAAGAUGCUCCCAAGAUGUUGCCAAACUAGAGGAUCAGCAACAUACACAGAAGCACUAGAGGCUCUUCCCCUCCUCCUUCCCACCUCAUACUUUGGAAAAUAAUCAAGCAAAUCAACUUUCUAAUUCAGGGAUCAACAGCCUUGGUUUGUUAACUUUAUAAGAAAAAAAUUUUUUAACAAAACAAUGAUAAAUAGUCAUUUAUCUACCAGUCAUGUUUGAACACUGUACUUUGGUCCAUAUCAUCCUGGUGGCUGUAAUUGCCCGGAUCUAAAAAAACAGCAGGAGCCUUGGUCAUCUGAACCAGCCAGCCACCAGAGAGAAGGAAGUAGUUGUGAUGGUGACAGGGAGGAGGUAUUUCUCCUCUUCCUUCCCUGCCAGAACAUGCAGUUUCACAUUUGAGGAAAAAAAAAAGUAUCCUGGUGGUUCUUACUGUUUUGAAAGGUCAGACCUUAUCUUUCUCUGAUUAGGCAUCUGAUGAUACUUUGCCUGAUUGUUUCAUGUAAGCCGCUGUCUUGGAGCGGUGUUCUCGUGGGCAGCAUCACCUGAAGCACUUUAGGCAACUGGAAGUGAAAUGAGCAGCAGAGUGUUUGCAGUAGGUUCUGCUACAUUUGGGGGCUUGAGUGUCCUAUUGAGGAAGAGGGGAGCAGGGAAGGAAGUGGGAUUUUUGUGCAAAUUUCAAAUGGCGCAGAGUACUGCAACUUCCUGGUUGGUGUUUUUACACCACAGUGCUUAAUUAUCUUUGGGUGUUAGGAAAUGGCUCUAGUCCAGAUGAAUUAAUGUGUUAGGCUGAGUACCAAAGUUUCAUCCAGUCUCUCUGGCUCCUCCUUUCACGUAACAGCAAUAUUAUACAUCAAAAAUGUCACUUUCCAGUGAAAAGAGCCUGGACUGUAUUUUUAAAUCUACAGGUCUCCAUAUUUGAUAACUUUUAUAUGAAGUUUUAAACACAUUUUUUCUGCAAUAUUGUGGUUGAAGAAAUUCAACACUACGGUUCUUAUUGCAACCACAAUUCCAUUUCCUUCUACAUAUGUGAUAGUUUAUAUUUUCAAGCCAAUAGAAGAACCUCACUAAAUCCAUGUCUCGCGUCUGCAAACCUAGUAAUUCAUAAACCCACCAUCAGCAAAUUGCUGGUGACUCCAAAAGCUUUGCUUUUUAAUAAUACACUACAGGGCAUUCACCAGAAAACAUCAUGCACAAUCAUGUUGCAAUAAAUUGAUCAAGGGAUCAGUUUUGAUCAGGUUUGGUUACUUAAUCAUUCCUAAGAUUUUUAAAACUUCAAGGGACCUUUUUGGUAAUUCUGGGAAUUUCUGAGAUUCUUAAUCCAGCACUGAGAGUCAGAAAAAAUUUACCAAACAUGUAGAGUUUUAGAUGCCCUGUCUCGAAUUCAGAGAAUGAAGGAGGAUUAGUAAGGGGUGCGGGCAAGGAGAUGCUUACAGUACAAAUAGAAAAGAGAAAAAUCCAUAGCUUCUCCUAAUUGAUCAUUAAUGUUUUAAGAGUUUUUAAAUAUGCAGUGGUUUAAGCAGUUAUUUUGGUGCAGAGGCAUAGAUGAUUGUAAAAGAGAUGUGGGGCGGGGGCGGGGCUGGUCGUGCCUGCAUGGGUGAGCCAUUUGUGAGAAUGUUAGUGGGUAGGAAAGAAUGGCAUUUCUUUGAUGAUAGGAAGUUAGAGUGCAAAGAGUAACUCGUAAGCAAUCUGCAAAUUGUACCUACACAUAAGGCUGCACCGUGUCACUGGAGAGUGGUUAUUUUCUCUUCUGGAAAAAUGUAGAAAUGCGUCUUUCAAUAGGAAUGUAAUGAUGCUACCAUUUGAUAAGAGCCUACCCUUACACGAUCUGCCAAAGCAGUCUUGUCUUUCAGAGACAUAGACUGGGGCACUCUCCUCUUUAGUUGGGCAACAGCACGAUAGGGCCAUCUUAGGGACCAGCUAUGCUCUGUGGCCUAGAAGUGGAUUUGAAAUUAGACUCAAAUCUUUAGGGAAACCUUUUUGCAGGUCAUCCAGGCUGUCUGUGGACAGAUUCAUUACUGAAUAGGCAGGAAGGUGAGAAGUACAGAAUAUGCUGCUGUCGAUGGAGCUUUUAAGCCUACCAAAAAAAUGUUAAGUCCACCCUACUUGUGAGAAGUAGUAUGCUGGAAAGUUCUUUAUGCUUUGUUAGUUUCUUAGAUUUUCUGUGAGGAAAUAGAGCUUUUUUAAACUAUUACCAAAUUGUAAAGGUGAAGUGCAGUAAUCUUUGUCAAGAGAAACUCUGCAGCAUUUGUCAGUCCUCUGGCCAGGAUUAGCAACAAACCUCUUAAACAAGUAGGGACUGUUGAGCAGAUGUGGAAAUGCUGUGAGUGUUUGGUGGGUCCCUCUCCCUUGUCAUUCACUUGUCCUAGGUUUUCGCUGUAUUGAUACUGUGAAUAGAGUGCUACCCGGUCUCCUGGGACCACAGCAGCACGUUUGCUGGUUCUCGCCUCUUAAUUGGCCUAGCCCAGAGCCAUGAAAUCCAUGAACAUACAAGCCAGGCUAGCUUUUAAACAAAUUCAAGUUUCUGAAAGCAAUUUCCAUUUUAGCCACAAAGGCUUUUAUUAUUCUAAAUAACUAUCCAAGAUUCUUAUCCAGGUUCACUGUGACAUUGUCCUAGUUCUUAGCUAACAUCACUGUAGGGUCAUAGGAGUUCGUAGUGUUCUGUCUACAUUAAUGAAUAGCUGUAUUGGUGUAUGCACAGAGGAUACCUCUCUUAAGGAUGUACUAAAUGGACUUUAGCUAAUGCUGAAAACUCAUUACCAAAUCUUAACUUGCACAUGUCACCUUGUGAAGGGAACUGCAUUAGCAAUGAGAGCUAAAUCAUCAUUAAGUACUUUAAUGCCAUGAAAUAGCAAACACUGGGACCGUUUUCAUUCAUUGAGUGGCACUUAAUAGCAAAGGAGCUACCCAAUAUUCUCAGCAAAAGAAGAGAGACGGCAGUAUAUUAAUCUGUUUUCAUUCUAAGAGGUACCUUUUAUUCUCUCUGAACUCCAAUACCAGUAUAUAAAUAUAGCAUUGGCAUGAAUAGGAACACUGUACUUAGGCAGAAGGGCUCUUUCUAAUGACUUGUUCUCUCUUUACUCAGAACCAUAUUUACCUCUGAACCGAGUUGAGUUUUAUUUUAUGUAAUUUGCCAACUACCCCCAAGCCAUCAUUAUGCCAGACAGUUAAAUCUAAUCUUGAAUAAGUAAAAAUAAGUUUGUUCCUAAAGGAUAAGGAUUGGAAAAGAAGGGAGGCAGCAGUUGAGGAAAGUUUUCUUGUUAUUUUGUUUUUGGUAUUUUUAAAUGUUUCCAGUUCCCUCUAUAUCAGUGAAACAGAGUUUCCAAAGAUGUUGUGACAAUAGAAAUAAACCAUUCUCCUCCCACCUUCAUAGUUGAAAUCUGGCCUUGGUUGGAAGUGGUCUGAAGGAAGAGUAUUGAAAUAGUGAACUUCAUCCUUAGCUGAGUAGUCUCUGGUCAAGAAAUAACUUUAAAAAAUUUUAGCUGUUACUUGACACAAAUUUCGUUUCUUUUAACUAGUAAAAAUUAUAUUUUGUUUGACUAGAAGAUCUAAUUUAAAGAAAUAAAAACAACAGGUAAUGGAAAGGAAAUUCAGCUGAACAAAGACUGCAGUCUUCUUAAUCCUAGUGGAAGGCAUUUAAUCAGGAAGGGGUUGGAAUCCUGGAAGUUUUUCUCUCUUCAGAUCCAACAGACAGGUGUUUGUUUGUUUUCUCUUCCUCAGAUGCUCUCCUCUUACUGGUUUAAGGCAUAAGAGAGAGGCCUUUAUUGAACUUGUCUUUGAAAACGGGGGCUCUUUACCUUUGCCAUUGGGAAGGGUGCACAAUAUUGAAGUAUUUUAGUUGCUGAGAUUUAGAAAAGGGAUGCCAACCUAUUAAGUCAGGUAAACUCCUGGGUUUGAGAGGAUGCCCCUUAGCAAAGUGUAUCCCUAGAAUUUAUGAAUUAGAUAAGGGUUCAGCAGACUGCGGCCCCCAGGGCCCAAUUCUGAGGCCAUCUGUUUGUCUAAAGAAAGUGAUGGUGGAAUGGGGCCACACCUGUUCUUCAGGUGUUAUUUCUACUGUGAUGGCAAGGUGGAGUGCUUGUGACUCAGACCAUAUGGCCAGCAAAGCCUGAAAAUGUACUGUUUGUCACCUGACAGAAAAGUUUGCUAACUCCAGAAUUAGAUUUGAAAGAAUGACCUCCAAAUUUGUCACUCCGGCCAUUUUGUCUUUAUAAUAGUUUGGUUGAGGUUUUAGAUUCAUGUUGCCAUGUAUGCAUCAGUUUCUUGAAAGAGCUUGCCAUCUUUUUCUAGAUCUUUGUCUCAUAACCCUCUUUGUGUUCCUUCUUAAUGAUUCCCAUUGCUUUAAAAGCAUUUAGAAUAGCCUUACCAUCUGUCCUUGCCUUAAAGGUGCAGGUAGAUUAAAGUUUAGGAUAGUAGUUACGGAUGUAAGAAAAUAAUUUAAAAAAUAAUUCCCGUGAUAAUAAUGUAGGAUUAAAUGAGUACCAUGUUUACAUAAACUACUGUAAAAAAUUAAUGUUUUUGUAAGUAAGUUUUGCCAUUCCUCUGAGAACACUUGAACUGAUUUGCAUAAUGAUGGCAAGAAUGAAUUUUUUCCCAUUAGUAUAAAAAUUAACUUCUGUUAUGAAUAAGUGGUUUGAUUCUUACCCAAAAUACUGCUUUCUAGAUUAGAAAUCUCUACCCUUUCCCUGUACUACAAAUCUUCAUUUUCAUUUCCUCAAACUCACUCUGUUCCAUGUGGAGUAGUGAAAAGCCAAAUCUUCUUUCCUUCCUUUAUCUUUUUUUUUCCAAUGAAUGUUUUAAAAUAUAAUGAAAUCUCUGAGGACUUCAAAUUCCUCUUAGACCCAUCUUACAAAUUCUGUUACUAUCAUUUUUCUAAAUAUAUACUGGGCCAUUAUUUAUUUGCUCUCUGAAUGUUCAUUCUUACUGUUCAAAUAGCUUAUUUAUGCCAGAUGUGCAAAAAAUGGAAAAUGUUAGGAUGAUUAUUAACAGAAUUCCUUGCAAGAGGAGAAUAUAAUUGUUCCGCAUCUGGAAACCAUGCAUAGACUUCUGAGUUAAAUUUAUCAGGACAAAAUGUUCUAGGCCAUGCUGACACAAUGCAAUGAAUUUGAUUCAUACUUUGUUGUCAGCUCAACCAACACAAACCAAGUUCGGAUGAGUGACCUAACCUCCAGUAACGCACCUCUCUACUAGGCAUUUUAUUCUUAAAGUUCCUUUUUUCUAAGUUGGAUAUUAGUAAGUUUUAUAUGAUAUGCCCUAUGAGUAAUAGAUGACCCUUACCUGUAAAGUUCCAGAAUAUUUGCCUAGGUUAGAACUGCCUUGUCAUAGCACACUUAGAGUAAUACAGGGUUCUUGAGAUUUUGGAGUGUUGCUUUUCUGAAAAAUUUGGGAUUCUGAUUAAUCUGAGAUAUAGAACUUGUGAAAGCGAUUGAAUUUAGAGAGCCAGAUGAACCGUCUGCCAUUUCUAUGCGAAUGCGUUGAAAACAAUGUUGUUUGCCCAGCAUUAUAAUUUCUUUGAUAAUUACCAGUCUUAUGUUGUGCUGCCUUUGCUUUCUAGAGUCUGUUUCUCUGUUUUCAGUCUUCUCAUUUUUAGGUAGGCUUUUCCCAAGACCAGUCUUUUUACUUUGCAGUAAGUAGGUGUUUCUUGCUCAGGACAAGCCAAAGUUGGAUAUUAUGAGUCCCUUCAAACACCUGACUUAGUUACAUUCCAAAGGAUGUAAUUACUGACAGCAACAGUGGUAUUAAAACCCGGAGGAUAUCAGCACAGACUCUCCAGUUUUCUCGUAUAGGCAGACUACCUUUUCCCUCAACUGUGAGGAACAGCAAUGACUUAAAAGGCAGUUAUUACUUGAAAUGUAUAGUGUCUUCACAGAGUACGUACGUGAAUAAAUUUCUUCUCUCACAUCUUCCCCAUUAUCUAUAUAAUAAAUACUUCCCAUCUUUUUUUUUUUCUAGAUUUUAUUUAUUUAUUUGAGAGAGAGAAUGAGAGAGAGAGAUUUCCCAUCUUAACAUAGUUAAGAGGGGCUGGCUCACUCAGAUAGUGGAAACUUUAAGCAACAGAGCUAGGUUAUAAAGGCAGAGCAGUUCAUGACAAAUAAAACUCUUCUAAUGCUUGCUUCUUUCUUGUCCACUCAGUAAGUCCUGUUGAGGAGGCUAGAAUUCACCAUCCAGUUAAGGGAGAUAUAUGUGCAGCAUCUUAUAUGGACAACAGCACAAUUUAAUAUACUGUGAAUCUUAGAAUUUGCAUUAAUGCAUGAUGCCAAAAGUCAGAGUUUCUCGUGGGAAAAUGUUUCCUAUUCUGUGAAAUCACUUAUCUUAAGUGAUAAGUAGCAUACAGUAGAAUCUGUCCCAUAAAGUAAAUAUUAAGUACUUUUUGGUACCUGACCGUAUGCUUGGAAUUUAUACAACAAAAUUGAUUUUAGACAUAGUUUAGAUGUGGCUUCCUAUACUUGAGAGUCCUGAAUCCACUUGGUUGGAGUCUGGAUGUACGCUUUUUAAAAGCCUGCACUUUUCACCACAGAGAUCAAAGAGAAGGGAACAGAAUUAACUGUCCUAAAUGCUUUAGUGGCAUAAUUGCAGUUAAUCCUCAGAAUAAUCCUGUGAGUUAAUAACAGUAGAACUAAAAAUGGUUGAGAGUUUUUUUGAAUGCUUACUAUGUGCCAGGCACGGAUCCAUGUGUUUCACAUUGGUUAACUCACCUAAUCCUUACAGCAGUCCCAUGUGGGUAGACACUGUUACUCUCCUCACUUUAGAGAGGGAGAAAUAGAAAUUGAGGCACAGAGAGGUUGACCCAGGCAGUCUGACACUAGAGUUGACACUGUACUAGACUAUGUUGCCUUUAAGAAGUGUAAUUAUACCACAUUUUAUAGAUGAAGAGAGCCCAGGGUUACACAGUGAAUAAAUUGCAGACCCAAUAUUUUCCAGUCUGAUUCCAAAGCCCAGACUCUCUCCACUACAUCAUAUUGACUCUGUUUACUUAUAAAGAGUUGGGGUGACUUGGAAUAAAGAAUAGUCAGUAACAGUACUGCUUUCAGUGAAUUUUUAACUCAAGAAAGCAUGAUUGGAAGAUUUCUUCAAAAGAUAGUGUCUCUGAGCAGAUGUUGAAUGGUGAAUAUUUUCUGGAGGUAUUGCCCAUUGAUUCAGGAGUCGCCCAUUUGAUAGAUCUAAUUGUGACUCAGUUCAGGUUACCACCAAGGCAAAAAUUGAAAGAUAGCAUUCUUGUAUAUCUAGCUUUGUAACAAACUGCCCUAAACUAUAGUGACCUAAAACAACAAUUUUAUAUAUCUUGUGAUGUUGUGAAUCAGAAAUAAAGGCUCCUCUAGGCAAUUCUCUUGUUCCCUGUGGUGAUGACUGAGGUCACCUGGUCGUAUUCAGCAGGUGGUUGGACUGGUCUGGAGUGUCCGUGCUGAUCUCACUCACAUGCCUGACACCUUGCGGGAGGGCUAGAAGACUUGGGGCUCAGCAGGCCUCCUCUCCCCCUCUGGAGUCUCAGGGACUUUCCAUGUGGUCUCUGCGUCGGGGCAGUCAGACUUAUUAAAUGGCAGCUCAGGCCUCUAAGAAGCUGGGCAGAUGGUGCCAGGCCUCCAAGGCCAGGCUCAGAACUAUCAUAGAGUCACCCCCAUACGCUGUUGGUCAGAGAAGUCACUGGUCAGCCCAGACUCAAGGGGAGAGGAAAUACCACUUGAUGGCAUGUAUGUCAAGGAUUUGGGACUACUUUAAUCUGUCGUAGGUAGCAUUAGGUUAUUGAUUUCUCUGGGCUUUUCUGUGUUCAUUCAUUUGGGUUAGUUGUUUGUGCCAUAGAAACCACUUAUGAUGUCUACCGUGGGUCAGUCAAGGAGCUAGAAAGAGAAUGAGACACAUACCCCGUAAAGGUUUCAUUAGCUACCCACCCACUGAGUUUCACUUAUCUUAUAGCAAAAUUUCCAUUUCAUUUUUCUUUUGUUCCAAGUUCCAAGUGGUGAGCAUUUGCUGGUUUUGUUUUGUUUUUUUCUGUGAAGCUACAGUAACUGUACAUACUGAGCCAGAAAUACCCCAGAGGGAGUAAAAAGCUUGCUGUUAUAGAAGUUUAUCUGUUAGAGAUGUCAGCUGUAUUUAAGUUUACAAAUAGGCAAAAACUCCUGUGGUAUGGAAAAUUCAUAUGGCUACGAAAUCUCUUUCAACAGGAGUUUCUAUUGCGUGACUACAUGGAUCGUAUUCUUUAGAUAAUUGAAAGCUUCGCCUGCAUAUCCUAGUCCCACCUUAACUGACACCACACCACCUCAGGCACAGUUCAUCCCAUUUUUUAUCACCUUUCAUAUGGGAAAAUUCAUUGCUCAAUUUAAUAUGUUGUUAAUCCUUUAAAAUCAGCAGUUGAGGGGGCGCCUGGGUGGCUCAGUCGUUAAG